GUCUUACGACUCAUCUUUCCCCAUUGUUGGUGGCGAUAGUAGUAGUAGCAUGGUUUCCUCCCUGACAGCUGGCUCGUCGGGAUCUUCCGUGGCUUCACUACCUGGAAUGUUGACUCGAGGAGAGUGUCUUUCGUGGGAGUAUCAUGAUUUCCCAGGAAAGCGAGGACGUAUUGUAUACGAUUCUAAUAUGCCACGAGAGCAACUCGUGGCUCUAAAGCGUGCUCGGAAGCGGCAGUUGAACAGGGAGUCGGCGUACAGGGUUCGACAGAAGCGGAAGCUACAGUCCACGGCCUACGAGACACAGCUUAGGGCGACUCGGACGGCUUUGGAGGUGGCAAGGAAACAGUUGGCCGACAUUCUCAUGGAACGUAAUGAGCUCCGUAGACGCCUUGCUAAAUACGAGAACAACACCACUGGUGAGGGUUCGCCGCCGCACGAGGCGAUGGUAACAGGUCUGAAGCCCGAGAUGUAUGUUCAAGCACAUACCAACAAUGCAUUUGGGGAAGCCACCAGGAAAUUUUCAUCUGAUUCGGUAACUCCGCAAAUGCACUAUGCUCCUACUUCUUCUUCUUCUCGUGGUGGUGAUGAUGGUGUGUCGAACAUCCCAGAUCUGCCGCUUGUUGGAUCAAAUGAUAAAUCUGUAUUCGACUUGAAUGGUACAUCGUGUGGUACUUGUACGGUCGACUCGUUUGGUGACUUUCAUGCUGAUCCUUCUACCGGAUACAACUCUGCCGCUUUUGACCUGUGGGCGUCCUCUGGAAUAUCAUCACUUCUAAACAAGAACCAUGUUCUAACAAGCGGCUCAGAGUAGAACUAUGUAUCAUGCUCUCUACGUCCUCUAUGUCCCCCUAUAGCUAUGUUCAUUUGAGAAAACUCUUACUUAACAUCAUAUCAACAUUUCUCAAGUCCUUUUGUAUUCAGAAGAUACAUUGUCGACCAUAUCAUUGUUCGUGGUAAAAUCGCAUUUUUUGUACCAUACAAUUGCAUUAUUUUCGGAUUUUCGACCAGAGUCAUACCUAUUCUACAGUAGAAUUGCCUCAGCUGUUUCGAUUUGAACCGUUUGUUAAACAGGGGAGCGUGAUAGUCGGGUGGUAUUAUAUCUGGUCGUUCGUCGUCGUCGUCGUCAUCAUGAUCAUCUUCUUCCAAAACGGGAGUAACCUCUCUGUCUACGUGUUCAGCCCUCUCCCGUUGGGAUGGAUCUUAUUAAACUACCUCAGUGUCUACUAUGGUGCUCGAGCUCAAAAUGCUCAGUCCUGUUAGCUGUUGUUGGGAAGAACUAUGUCCUGGAUGACUUUGUAAUCUGUUUACUUGUUAUGAAUGGCUAGUCUGAAUAAUGCAAAAUGCUGUCGUUUGC